AUGAAAGCAGGAAAGAAUUGCCGAAGGCUCCUAACAACUAUUCUUCAAGUUUUUUUUGCAAUUAUUCUCAUAAUAUAUCUUAUUGCGAAUACAGUAGUCGAUAUAGGUAGAUCAAACCUUACUUAUACAACGGUAUCUUUUGAAAAUGUCGAUAGUCUUCCACCACCAGCUUUUUCUUUAUGCACAGACAACGUGCAAUACAAUUUUAACUGUACAAUUUAUGGCAAUACCUCGAGAAAUUGCCCCAAUUUAAUCAAAUAUGUGAAUGUUACUGGUGAUAAUUUAUAUAAUGGAUGGUUUACUGGAUGCUAUAUUUUUCAAACAACUACACCACUUUUUCUUGCCAAACCAGCAGUACCACCAAAAAAUUGGACCGCCUUCCAAUCCGCUAUGUUCAUUCAAUAUUCAUUUUUCAAUGCAUCGACAAUUUCCAAGAUGCAAUUUAUGAUAUGGAAUCCAUUCGAUUUGCCAGACAAGGAAGCUUCAGCCAGUGUACUUUCCUCACUCAAGACACCACAAAUAUUAAGUCCUUAUAGCUUAACACAGUUUGAUGCAAACCGUGAACGAGCAUUCACAUUUUUCUGGAAGAGACAUGUGUUUUUAAAUGGAACCAUGAAAUGGCAAGUGGAUUUCCGAUCUGAAAUAGGAGUAGCAUCUAAUGCUUUUGGAACAAAUAAUAGUGCAAUUGGUCUUAUUCAUCUUAAACCAGGAAGUUUUGAAGUGCCUACAACUCGCGAACAACCAUUCCUUCAACCCAUUUCCGUAUUUACCAUGUUUAUUAUUCUCGCAGCUGUUCUAUAUACUACCUACUACGCAUGUUUAGGUGGUAGAGGAAAAUAUCGAAACUACGGUCUUGCUCACAUUAUCACCAGAUAUUUCCCACAGAGACACAUUGAACGCACAAACAGCCGUGCUUUAAAACCAACUGCUGAUGAUAUAUUAAAAGUAUACUUGGACGGUCUUAAUAAA